AUGAAUAAUCCCCCUGAUCUUGUAUCUUCGUCGUGCGAUUUUUAUUUAUGUGAUGUUCAAAAAAUCUAUGAAGAAAAAAUUUAUACAUUAGAACGACAAUAUAAACUUGAAUUGGAUACAAUGCGUGCUGAUAAAGAACUGCUCCUAUGUCAAAUUGUGGAAUUAAAAAAUAAACUAUGUGAACUUGAAACGAACUGUCAAUGUUCUAAAAAAAAUGUUAACGCAAACGAAUUAACCUUUGAUUCACAAUCAAUUAUCAAAAAUCAGAUUAUGUCAUUGGAUGAAAACAUGCUUGAGUUAACUUCAAAAACGAGUCAAAACACCAUUACGAAUUAUAUGCACUCAAACUAUCAAGAACAACUGCGUUUAGUUCAAAAUCAACAUCAAAAUGAAGUGAAAACUUUUCUUGAUAAAUUAGAUUUAACAGUUCAACAAGCCACAAGUGAAUUAUAUACAAUAAUAAGAAAUUUACAAAAAGAAAAUGACAAAUCGAUUGUCGAUUAUUGUGCAUCCAAUUCAGUAGGAGAAAUGAUCAAACAAAUACUCAACACGUAUUUAACUAACAGCUGGCAUUCAAUCCAAGCUCUAAGAAAACUGCAUCAAACAGAAAUUUGUGAAGCCCUUCAUCUAUACGAAACACACAUAAGAUCUAUUCUAAAUCACACUCCAUUAGUAGCAAUGGAAAAUGACAAACAAAUUCGUGCGUCCGAUUUGCAAUUAAAAGAAGAUCUUGAAAAGCCAAAGAUAUGUUUAGAGCGUCACAUCGAUCAUUUAAACAAAACUCAAACGAUCGAAAAGGAAAAAUUGCUCAAUGAAAUUUAUGAUAUGAUUGUUAAACACAAAACCGAUAUCGAGUGGUUGGUACCAAACACAGUGAAUUCAACUUCAAGUGAUCAACGAAUCGACGAUCAUUUCACUGACGACAAAGUUAAUUUAAAUCAAAAGAAAAUAUCCUAUUUUGAAGAGCAAUUAGAGCAUUUGGAUGUAAAAUUGGUAUCAAUCAUUCAUACAUUGUAUGUAAAAUACAAAGAAAAUUUACAAGACUUGAACGAUAGUUUUUGUCUAAAAAUGAAAUAUUUAGAAGAUGAACAUGAAACAUGUCUGCAAAAACAAGAAGAAAAAUACAGGACAGAGCUGGAAAACUUAAAAACGAAGUUUAAAUGUGAAAUGAAGAAAAGUAAUCAUUUGAAUUUAAGCACUGAAGCUUUUUAUGGUGCUUGUUGUCGUUAA